AUGCUUCCCCAAAACAGAGCAUGGAUACACCUAGCCCUAGACCCUCGUUUCUCACCAAGAAGUCAAGCUUCUACACUUCCAAGAUUGGAAGCAAUGCAAAGACCAUCACCACCUACUGAAGAAGAAGAUACUUGGCAGUAUGAUCCCAUUGAUCCCAACAAGAUAAGCCCCAUGAAGCUUAAAGAGUUCAAUGCUAAGGUGAAAUCACUUCCAUUCUAUGUCACUUUUGAAGAAGCUUGGGAUAAACAUGGUCUAGUGGAGUUCUUUUUCACAACUAGUGAAAACAAAGAAGAGAUACACCAACUUUUCAGAAGGCACGAUUUCCCCAUUGCCCCUCAUGCAGUCAAUCAACCACCAUCACCACCAUCAUCACCACCACCCAAUGCUAAAGUUCAGCCUACCUUCAAGACCCUCUACAAGAUUGAAGACCCAGGUCAAUUCUCUAUUCCCUGUCAAGUAAAUGGUCAUUACUUUGAUAGAACACUAUGCGAUUCUGGCUCUUGCAUAAACCUCAUGCCAACCCAAACCGCCAAACUCCUUGGCAUCACACGCUUGCAACCUGCUCAAAUUAGUAUUGGACUUGCUAACCAUACUAUAGCCAAGCCAAGAGGAGUUGUUAUUGAUGUUCUUCUAGAGAUUGGAGAUAUCAAGAUCCCGGUGGACUUUCAUGUCAUGAACAUCAAGGAGGAUGUGACACACCAUUGA